AAUCCGUCGCCCAUAUAAAGCCUGGUAACCGGCCCACUGUGCAGAAUCGGGCUUGCUCAGGCUUGGGUUCCUACUAUCAUGAAGUUUUCUUACUCUAGUGUAGUGACAGCGGCCAUCGCUCUCUUACCAGUCGUCUCCGCUCAAGUCAAUUCAUCAGAAUGGAACGCUGCAUAUGCAAAGGCAAAAAGUACCCUUGCCCUAUUGAAUUUGAGCGACAAAGUUAGUUUGGCUACAGGAUAUUGUACCGGAAAUAUUCCUACCAUCCCCGCAAUCAAUUUCACCGGAUUAUGUCUCGAAGACAGCGCACUUGGCGUCAAAGAUACAGAUUACUCGUCCGCUUUCCCUGCAGGCAUCAACGUUGCAGCGACAUUCAACCGCACCCUCAUGAGGCAGCGUGGGGUCGCCAUGGGUCAAGAAUUUCGUGGCAAAGGUGUAAACAUCCAACUAGGACCCAUGAUGAAUUUCAUGAGGGCUCCCGCUUCAGGCCGUGCUUGGGAAGGUUUCGGUGGCGACCCAUAUCUCUCAGGUGAAGGUGCCUUCGAGACAAUAACCGGCAUCCAAUCUCAAGGAGUGCAGGCUGUGGCAAAGCACUUUAUUGACUAUGAACAAGAACAUUCAAGGAUGUCAAGUUCAUCCAACGUUGAUGAUAGGUUGCAACACGAAAUUUACUUGCAUCCGUUUUUGCGCAGCGUACAAGCUAACGUUGCAGCGGUCAUGUGUAGUUACAUAAAUGGGACAUACGCUUGUGAAAAUAAUGCAACGCUCAAUGGACUACUCAAAUACGAACUAGCUUUUCAAGGAUGUAAGUUGAAUGGGUGGUUUCGAUACGACGACUGGACGGCAACUCCUUCCACGACUUCUGCAAAUGACGGCCUGGACAUGACUAUGCCUGGUGAUAUAUUCCCUGGAUCUAUAGUCAGCUGGUUUGGAGAAUCCCUUGUGCUCGCUGUACAAUUAGGCACUGUGCCCGAAUCUCGAGUCGAUGAUAUGGCAACACGCAUUCUGGCCGGAUGGUAUCUGUUGGGACAAGAGCAAGGCUACCCUCCCGUCAACUUUGAUUCCAAGGAUCCAUUGAGUUCUGUUAAUCAACACGUCAAUGUGCAAGGUGAUCAUGCAAGUCUGAUCAGGACCAUUGGGGCCGCAUCUACUGUCCUUUUGAAGAAUGAGAAUAAUGCACUUCCUCUCAACAAACCCAAGACAAUUGGAAUUAUAGGCAAUGAUGCGGGACCGAAUCCAUUAGGGCCAAAUAUCUGUAUAGCUAAAGGCUGUGAUAUCGGUAUCCUUGGAAUGGGAUGGGGAAGCGGAACCGCCAAUUAUCCCUAUCUCAUCACUCCUUUAGAUGCCAUAACAAAUCGCUCUAGCCUAGAUGGAACACAAGUAUAUUCAUCGCUGGACGAUUUCGACUUGGAUGCAGCCGCAGAUACAGCUUCUGGAAAGGAUGUAGCAUUCGUUUUCAUAACAGCUGAUAGUGGUGAAGGGUCUUUGACUGUAGAAGGAAAUGCAGGGGACCGCAAUAACCUUCAGGCAUGGCACAGUGGGGAUGCUCUUGUUGAAAAGGUAGCCAGUGUCAACAAUAACACAAUUGUAGUCGUCAAUACCGUCGGACCUAUUGUGGUUGAGGCGUGGAUAGACAACCCCAAUGUGACUGGUUUGGUUUGGAGUGGACUCCCUGGCGAAGAAGCUGGUAACUCAUUGAUUGAUAUUCUCUAUGGGGCCUAUAAUCCGAGUGGGCGACUCCCGUACACGAUUGGCAAGAGUAUCGAUGACUAUGCAGCGCAGAUUAAUACCAGUAUACCUAUAGGCAUCCUUGAAAUUCCAUAUUCUGAAGGUCUAUUUAUUGAUUACCGACAUUUUGAUGAAGCGAAUAUAACCCCUCGAUACGAAUACGGAUUUGGCUUGUCCUAUACCACAUUCUCAUACUCGGAUCUUAUUGUCUCUGGCUCCGUUUCUGGUGCUGCCCCAGGACCAAGUUAUGGUUUUGGUUCAUCCCUAGAUCCAUCGCUUCAUGCACCGGUGGUUUUUGUUAACUUUACCCUCACAAACACUGGCAACAUUGCAGGACAUGAGACUCCACAGCUCUACAUUUCUCUUCCAGCCUCGAGUCAAUCACCACCGUAUAUCCUGAAAGGAUUCGAUAGCGUGUUCAUCAAUCCGGGUGAAUCUCGAGAAGUUUCUAUGGAGCUGUCGCAAUAUGACUUGUCGAUUUGGAACGUCGUUACUCAAAGAUGGGAGGUACCAUCUGGAACUAUUGGUGUAACGGUUGGAGCAAGUAGCAGGGACCACCGACUGACUGGGGUCAUAGGUUAAUUAUAUCAGAGGAAAAUCAAUGCUGAAAACAGCAUAUGCUGAUGACACUGAAUCUAAACUA